AUGGCCUUACGUGCCGUGCUGAACAGAGCCAAACCAUGGGCAGUGGCCCGGCGUCGUCAUCAUCAACUUUUUAAGGCGAAUCAAUUGGAUGUGUUGAUGCAGUUAGCCGUAUCGAAUCCAUCCUUGCCCAUAAUUUCAUACUUCACAGCAGCAGCAGCCGCCGCCGCUGCUGUUUGCAUACCCACCACAAUCAUCGAAGCCUUAGCGUCCGCUCAAUUUGCCGUGUCGGAGCACAAUGAAACCCGGGACGGCAAUAUUCGGUUCGAAAGGGUUGUCAGAGCAAGCAGAUUGGUGGCUGUUCACGGGUAUGAUUAUUACCUAACUUUUGAGGGAACUGAUGAGAAUGGCGUUUUAAAUGUUUACUAUGCCGAAGUUUGUGACUCCCCUUCUAAGAAGUGUUUGCGCCAUUGGCAACUGGUCGAUGAUUCCUUUUCUUACCCUUUCCGCAAAUUGAGUGCAGAUAUGAACAAAAAAAAAGGGUACUACAUAUCUCAUCAUGACCCUAGGCAUUUUUUAAGAGUGUUUCUGCCCACAGUGUCUCUGAGAUACAAAGAUGAUGCGAGCCCUAUGACCUCUGAGGAAUCACAGCGUGGUCUCUCCCUAGAAAAUCCUGAUCCGGCUAGAAAAACUAUGAACUCUGAGGAAAGCAUUCAGAACGUCCCUGAUUCUUCUUCGUCUUCAAGUGAUGAUCAUAUAGACCCCACUGAUGUUGUCCCGGUUUAUAACAUGAUUCAUUGUGGAAAGGUUGCCUACUAUGCUGCAUCUGCUGUGGAAAUUUACAGAGAAAAGAUGGGGCAAAAACUCUGCCUUGCCGAAGUCUUACAUGCAAGCAAAGAAUACAUUGAUGGCAAGUUGGUUUACAUUUUAAUGUUGAAGGCAAUCAAUGACAGAAGGGAGUACAGGUUUCUCCAUGCCAUGCUUGAAGUAUCGGAACUGAAGAAAGAAGAAUCAAUCAAGUGGCAUGUGGUAGAGGAAUUAUUUUCUGGCCCUCCCGGAAAGAAAUAG